AUGUCUUCGUCGCAGUUUCCAGCCUCCUUCGUCGAGCCAUGGAAACGACUCAUCCAAAACCGCCAGGACGGCUGCAUUGACGAAUUCCCUCAGUACAAUGUGACUGAUUUGGACUCUUUAAUAACCACAAGCGCUCCAACUUCGCUCUUCUUAGGCACCGGCUACUCGAUAUAUCGCCAGGCUCUCAUCCCGGCUAUCCUCUCAGCCAAACAUUCUGUCCACCUCGUAACAUGUUUCUGGGCUGAAUCUCCUACCCUUGAUGCCAUUGGUGAGGCGCUUCUUAGCCUAGCCAAUACUCGAUCUCAGCAAAACAAUCUUCCACCACUGCGCAUCACGGUUGGCUUCUCCUCUUGGGGCCUCUUUCAAAAGCUUCUUCACACUGCCUCAACUGACGGUUGUGUGUAUCCUCCUUCAGAAUGGCCAAAACUUGGACUCCCUACCGAGGCUACUCUCAAGCGUGGUUCGAUAGACCUCACAGUCAAGACUCUCUUCUUCACGCCUUUUAGUGUCAUGCACCCAAAGUAUCUCAUCAUUGACAACACGACAGCUUGGGUCCCGAGCUGCAACGUCAGCUGGGAACAAUGGUUUGAAGGCUGCAUCGAGCUUCAUGGAGACGCCGUCCAAACCCUCCUCAACUUUCACACCAAGGUUUGGGGUAGAGGAGAGGUCCAAGAAACGCGUGCCAAGGACGACGCGAUUGUGCCGCUAGCGCUGGGAUUCAAUUCGCAAGGCGCCAUCGACCAUGAGCAGAGUCAAACGGCAUCACUAAUAGGUGAUGAUGGAAUAAGUGCUGUCCAAUCCGCUAUUCUCAAGUUUGGCGAUCAAGUUCCAACCAUCCUAUUACCCUCAUCUCACCACCGCAACCCUAGAUUCAAAUGGAUACCCGGGCAGCCAAAAUGCAAUUUACCGCCCAUGACCCCUCUAAACGCCGCUCUUCUCACACUCUUUGCAAACGCUCAGCACUGGAUAUCCAUCGUCACUCCCAACGUAACCUCGCGUGCCGUCACCGACGGCUUACUGGCUGCGCUGGGCCGUGGUGUUGAUGUUGAAAUCCGCACCAGCAAAAACAUGAUGUUAAUGGAGCAAGUCGUAACCGCAGGCACCACAACCAGCUGGUGUCUAUCCUCCUUUAUAAAGCAGUAUCAGAGCCUAGCCCUGGAACGGCAACGAGCACAGCAAUCCGAUCCCGAGAGUCAACUAGCAGUUGUUGGUGAGCUACGCGUCUUUUACUACCAGCCUCUAGCUGGCAAGGCAGGUGAUGAAGACGAGCCCGUCUUUAGCCACUUUAAGAUGACACUGGUAGACGGCGAAUAUGUCGUACUUGGGUCUGGCAACAUGGACAGAGCAAGCUGGUGGACGAGCCAGGAGCUCGGCAUUCUCUUCUACGUUCCUGGAUUCACAGAAAAUGAACUAUGGGAGAGGAUUCUUAAAAACAGAGCCGAAGCUGUAUUCAUAUCUAACAAUGCCCAUUAA